AAUAGCUGAUUGUUGUAACUUAAUAAAAAAAAAGUUCUGUUAUGUCACAGACCCAGAUUAGGGUUCCUGUUUGAGUACUUUAGCGUUCCAAGGGCUGGGUUGUUGCUGGUCUUUGAAACCAGUGGGUUAAGUCAGUACCUGGCUGUUUCCACAGUGGUUACUUGUCAGUGCUGUAUCUUUAAGAAGGUAGGGGGAGAGGGAGGAGGAGUGAGAUACUCUUGUGAAAUCGCCCUGGAGGAGGCAGGGAGUGCACUCGCUGGACUGAAUUAGAUUGCUGUGCAGCUGGUUGGAGGAAGAAAGCAAACUGAUCCAGUGGAGCUGAAAUUCAAGAAUAAAUAGAGACACACAGUAAGGAGAGGGAAGGAGGGGUGCAGGCUGGACGGCAGCAGGUUUGAAUAGCUUGGUGGAGCAAAAAACAUUGGCACCUCAUUCCUAAGGCGGUCCUCCCUGUGAUUCUGCACACUGGGAUCAUGUCCUUAGCAGAGCAGAGCCAGCAGUGGUACCCCACCAACGUGAAUGUGACGGUACUCCAGGCCCACAGCCUGAAGGCUAAGGGGAAGAACGGCACCAACGAUGCCUACGCCAUCAUCCAGCUGGGCAAGGAGAAGUUCUCCACCUCUGUGUCCGAGAAGAGCCUGGCCCCGGUGUGGAGGGAGGAAGCCAGUUUCGAGCUGCCUCUGUUCCACCAGGGGAACCAGGAGAGGUGCACACUGCGCAUCGUGGUGAUGCACAGGGCCCUGGUGGGGCUGGAUCAGUUUCUGGGGGAGGCUGUUAUCAACCUGCUGGAGCUGCACAAGAACAAGGAGCGCAACAAGACAGAGUGGUUCAAGCUCAAGUCGAAGGCCGGUAAGAAGGAGAAGGAAAGGGGGGAGGUUCAUGUGAACAUCCAGUUCAUGAGGAACAACAUGACUGCCAGUAUGUUUGACCUCUCCAUGAAGGACAAGUCGCGCUCCCCCUUCGGCAAGCUGAAGGACAAGAUCCGGGGCAAGAAGGACCGGGGGGGCUUCUCUGACUCUGCCUCUGCCAUUGUGCCUCCGGUCUCCCAGGUUCUGACCGACAGCGAGGGGGAGGAGGGGGGCGGAGGCAAGGAAGAGAAACCCAAGAAGUCCGCCAAAUCCAAGAUCAAGUCCAUCUUCGGCAAGUCGUCGAACCUCCAGCGCUCAUCCCUCUCCCAGUCCAUGUCGGUCCUGCCCUCCCUGCAGCCGCUCCCAGAGAGGAAUGCGUGGCUCAGUGGCAGCCGGUCAUCUGGACUGGACGUUGAACCGCCUCUGUCUCCAGUACCAGAGGCAAAGGUGGAGGGCAAGCCCCCCCUGCCGAAGCCCUCAACCCACAAGCACAGUCUGAGCGCCGACACCAAGCAGCUCUUCUCUGGCAAGAAGGACCCCUUCUCCCUGCUGGGGGGCCUGCGCUCCAAAAAUGACACCAUGUCCCAUUCCAGCGUGUGCAUCAAUGGGAGCCACGUGUACACGGAGGAGCCUGAUCCUGAGCCGGGCCUGAGCGGCUCUCUGCAGAACCUAUCUGGCGGCACCAAUAUUGGGUUCACCGAGGACUUCACCUCCCUGAAGAGCAGCGACCAAGCCAUCACAGAGUCCCUGAAGAGCAAGACCCUGACCAGCUACAAAGUGCAGAGCACCAGCGCCACCCAUAGGAAUCAGGAAGAACUGCAGGAGGAGGAACACGCUGCCAGGAAGGCCGAGGAGAAGAGGCUGGAGGAAGAGAGGAAGAGGUGGCAGCAGCAGGAGGAAGAGGAGAGGAAGAGAGUGGAGGAGAGGAACAGACAGGAGGAAGAAAACAGACGAAGGCUGGCUGCAGAGGAAGAGGAAAAGAAAAGGCAGGAGGAAAUCCGCAAGAAAGAGGAGCGCAAGACGGUGGAGAAAUCUGAGAGCAGCAAGGUGUCCACUCUGCUGUCGAUGGUCAGGGGGAGGAAAGACUCUCUGAAGAAUUCGGACAGCGUGAGUCCACCCGAGACCCCUGUAGACAAGAAGACCGAGCCGGUGCCCAAGAGAGGGGGUACCCAGGAAUUCGAGGAGGUCCCCCUGAGGAGGAAGCCUCUUAUCCCUUCCAAAGAGGAGCAAGACCCCGAUCCGCACCUGCAGGAGAAGGAGAGGGGAGUGAAGAACCCCUCCACCCCGACCACUGGCUUCCCCAGCUGGGCAACGAGCAAGGUCACUGCAGUCAAGCCCAGAUUGGACGUGUCUCUGAAGGAUGAAACCAAAGACAGGCUUCCUUCUCAUUCCAUGUCGCCUCUGUCCCCCAUUAGCGCCCCCUCCAAUCCCUUCACUAGCCCCUCUUCCCCUACCCACUUUCAAGACAGCUCUGUGCCACCCGGUCGGGAGGUGAGUUCCGGUCAAACUCCAGCCGGCUCCCUCCGGAUGGAAAACAAGAAAUCCGUCCCCAAAACCGAUGCCUCCGAGGGAGGAGAGGAACUUCAGCUCUCCCCAGGCUCCGUGUUGGACUUGCUGUCGAAGGCUUCCUCCAGCUCUAUCUCUCGGAGCCCGGUGGCCACAUCCCAAUUUGAGAAGGGUAGACAAUCAGCAGCAUCAAGCUCUGCCUCUGUUCCAGAGGGUGCUGGCCUCCCCGCGAGACCAGUCUCGGUUUUUGACUUGUUGUCUAAGGCCACCUCCAGGACAUCUAGAGCUUCCUCCUCUGGGUCAAAUUCUCCGCUUGUAUCUUCUGUUUCUGAGUCUCCCAUUGAGAGUAUCAAUAAGCCAGCCUCAGAUUCUGACCCGCUGUUAAAAGAAAACUUCAGGCCACCAUCUCUUUUCGACUGUCCCACUGUGUCAGCUUCUAUUUCUGACUCUGCCUUUGAGAGAAUGAACAAAUCAGCCUCUGACUCGCUAUUGAAGGACACCUCAAGGCCACCCUCUGUUUCCGACACUCCCUGUGAGAGUAUCAAAAUUUCUGAUUCCCUUCCUGAGGCCAAUUCCAGGCAAUCAUCUCUUUCUGACUCUCCAACAGUGCCGGCCUCCCUUUGUAACCCACCCUUUGAGAAUGCCACCAUUCCUGAACCUUCUGAUCCAGGUUCAGAACACUUCAGAACAGAAAGAGAGGUGCCAAAGCCCGCGCCCAGAGCCCCCAAAUCAUCCAGGACAGACGCGUGGGGCCCCACGGAGCCUAUGGCCUCCACACCGAAACCUGCGCCCAGAACCAUCACAGUUGAACAGGCCAAGAAAGAAGAGUCUGCUGCUCCUAUCCUUGCUCCCAGUCCACCGAGCAACAAGCCAGGCGCUAACUCUUCACCCGUAGAGGCAGAAGGGAGGAGCAGCCCCAGUGCCAGGAGCCCAGACGCAAUUAACCAGCCCCCCCCUUCACAGGGUGCAAAAGGGAGUUCACAGGGUGGGGGUGUUACUGGGUUGUUUGUCAGGCAUCUGGGAGUCCCUUCUACAAGUCCAGGACAAGACAAGAGCUUGGACAACAGCAAACAGGCACGCUCUGACCAGACUGCAAAAGACAGGGAUGCGCAAAAGGAUAAGCAGGCUGCUGGAGUGAUGAAGGAGAAGAGCAAACUGCCUGACAAGAGCUCUGGGGAGCUAUUUCCAACAAAGGACAAACUUGCUGCUUCAGAUAAGGAGAAGGAUGAGAAAAGGGCUGGCGAGUCUGUCGCAGCAAAGGACAGAGAGACGCUACUUCACCAGAGCACAAGGGAGAUUUUAAACCAGAAGGAUGAACAGACUCUUCAAGACAGAAAUGCAGGGGAAGUGCAGGACAAACAGACUGACCAGAACGCAGAUGACAGACUUGCAGCACUGUCAAACAAAAGCACUGGCGACAGAUUAAAACCGAAAGACAAACAGACACUAUCGGACAUAAGCGACAGUGAGACUCAGAAACUCUCUGUAUUAUCCACCAAGCAGACCCCGUCACCCCCAGACAAAAACGUGAGCAGAAUAUCCUCGCAGAAGAAGAAACUGGCAAAGCCUGACCAAGGCACGGAAGAAACGGUCACGGCAAAUACAAAACAGCCACUUGAGAACAAAAAUGCAGAAUUGGAGGAGGACAGACAGACCUUGUCUGACCAGACCUCGGAGAAGGACAGAUGGACACCGCCAACCUCGGUGGAGGAUGCUGAUGGCAACACCAGCGCAUUACCGGCUGUGCAAAACAAGCCUGCAGUUAUCUCUGUGAGGAAAAGAGCGGAGAGAACAGAGCCAAGCAGCACUCCAAGAUCUAACUUGGAAAAGCAGACUGGAGAGGAGGUGGCUGAGUCCCAGAGGAAGAACAAAACUGAGAGCCUGCCCCCUCCUCUAUCCUCCCCUCUACCCCCCUCUCCCUCCUCUCAGACGGUCGUGAAUAGCCCCGCCCAGCCCAUCGGCUCAGGAGGGAAGAGGCUGCUCCGCGCCUGGGUUUCUCCCUCGGAGACACAGCCAAUCGCAAUGCAGAAAGUUCCUGGCUCCGCACAGCGCAGGCCACACCCAGUGAAGCCGAUGAGCUCCCAGGACAGUCAGACUUCCCGAAUGGAGAAGGAUCUGAAGAGCACUGGGGUGAAGGUUGCCCCGUCCGGGCGGAGUGGACUACUCACCAGCAAGUUCACUGACCCCUCAGAUGCGGCCCCCUACUCCCAACUAACACACGAUGAGCUGGUAGCUCUGGUGGUGAAGCAGAAGGAGGCGCUGUCCAAGAAGGACUGCCAGAUCAGAGACCUGGAGGACUACAUAGACAACCUGCUGGUCCGAGUGAUGGAUGAGACACCCAACAUACUGAGAAACCUGUCGUCCAAGCAGGCCGGCCGCAUCUAGUGGCAGUGUGCGUCUGUCUAUCUGUCUGCCUGCAUCUCUUCAGCUCCACUUCUUAUCCAGGGAUGGAAUUAAGACUCCUAUUGCAUAGCAGUUUGAUCCAUUCCUGGUUUUGCUACCAGUUUUACAAGACAUACCUGUUACCUAUACAGUGUGGCUAAUCAAGCUCAUAUCAAAACUUGGAAUGGGUGAAACUGCCAUGCAAUAGGAGUCUUAUGUCCAUCCCUGUAUUCUGUCAGAGCUUGAGAGUUUCCAUUUAAAAUUGCUUUAUAGCACUUGAUAAUUAAAACAUGAAGUAGACAAAAGUUUUGAGCUUCAGGGUUAAGAUGAUGAAAGAAGCCAUUGUGCUGGUGUAGCCACUGUAGGAUUGGAUGGGAGUGCGGUUUAUCUUUCCUCUCUCGGAAACCAUGGUGGAAGUUUGAGAGUUCUCAUAAGAGAACACCUGUCCGAGGGUGGGCCUUCAAUUCUCUUCCAGGGAGCUGCAAUAUGGGACCAUGCAAUUGUGGGCAUUGCUGCUUCAGAUAUGAGACUUAUUGAAGAUGAGACCUAUUUUAUUGUAUAGAUAUCUGUUGAUUAAAGGGGUUGUCGGAUGUGAUUUAUUGAAAUGUUUCUCCAAUGUAAAGUUGGCCAGGGCUAUACAGGUUGAGACCAUGUUUAGAUUGGAAUAGUGCCUGUAAUUCAGAAUGCAGCCAGUGGGUUUGAAUCUCACUGUGAGUUGAUACCCUGAGGCUGGCUCACACUGUGUCUGUGUCGCUUGGAUGCUUGGACAAACCCUCUAGGAACCAAGUCUUAUAAACUGCAAUAAUCGCUGAGGGUUUUCAACUGGAAUUUAUCCACUUCACUCAUCUAGGUGAUCAAAAUGUGAUUCUUUUUUUUUCAUAGCAGAGAUUCUGUUUUACCGUGGCAUACAGAAUGAAACGAGAGAGCUGUUUAUUUGAAAAAGCAAAGUAACCAGAAGGAUGUUGAAGGCCUCUCUGUACCUACUGUGGAUCGGGGAUAUUUUGUUUUUUACUGAUCAUCUUGGGUGAAAAGUCUUGUUUUUAUUCAAUUCCUUGUUAGAAGUAUCAACAGUAAUAGCUUGAAAUAAGGAAAUGUGUUUUUUUUUUUUAUUAUUGUUUUAAAUGGUUUGAAAGAUCUUCCAGGUUGUCUUUUAUAAUUUUUUUUGAGAGUGCAGCUGUAUAAGAGGCUCUUUACUAUUUUCUAUAGAGCAGUAAAGUAUUAAUAUAUAUGUAUAUACACACACAGUGUAAUCAUGAUAUUCUUCCAUGUAAAAUUGAACAAUAAAGCACUGUUUAUAUUGUCAA